CGCAGGGUCGAUACGCGAUUGCUUCAAUUGUUUUUCCAAUUCUCGUCUUCCUCUUUCCCUCCCUUACAACCAAAACAUCACAUCAAUUAUCAUGAAUUCUCUACGCACUACCUUUGUCCGCAAUGCCCCUCGCGCCUUUGUCCGCAGCCCCGCCAUGAGCGUCAGCGGCAGACGCUUCGCUUCCUCAGACUACGGCAGUGGUAAGGGUGACCCCAAGGGCGAGAACCCUCAGGAACAGGGAGCCAACCCUUCUGCCGACAAGGAGCACCCCGGUCCUCCCCCACCCAAGGCCGGUCAAGGCAGCGGCGGUGCUACCAAGGGCACCAGCACCGGUAACAACACCGACGCAGCCAAGCAACAGAAGAAGAGCUUCUCCACCAUGGCCAGAAGAAUGGCCACCUCAGACUACGGUAGCGGCAAGGGUGAUCCCAAGGGCGAGGACCCUCAAGCACAAGGCGCAAACCCCUCAGCCGACAAGGAACACCCUGGCCCACCACCUCCUAAGGUCGGCCAAGGUAGUGGCGGUGCUACCAAGGGCACCAGCACCGGUAACAACACCGACGCAGCCAAGCAACAAAAGAAGAGCUUCUCCACUAUGGCCAGAAGAAUGAGUGAGGAGCACCCCAAGUCGACAAAAGGCUUGAAGCCUGCGCUCAAUAAGAGCGACGCCCCUGCACCUGCCGAGAAAGACCUUCCUGAGGACGUCAAGAAGCAUAACAAGGAAAUGGACGAGAGAGCCGACCAGGCCAACGAGAAGCUUGGAGAAGACAAGAGCAAGAAGGGUGACAAGGUUGGCAAGGAAUUCUGGUCUGGCCACGGUGGCGCUGACAGACAGCCUUGAUUUGUAUUGACUUUCUACAAGACCCGUUUCAUUUUCUUACGACUUUUCCGACUUCUAUCAUGCCCCCGACGACGAACGCAGAGGAGGAUUCCGCAU